CUAGUGCGUUUGCGUAACUCCGCGGCCCCAUGUGUCCGGGAUCCACCGCCUCCCCGCCCGCUACGCAGACGGCGUACCGACCCUCCGGAGCGACAAAGACAGCCAGGCUCCGACCUAUUGGCGAAAAAUAAAACCAGAAGAUCAGAAUCUCCGCUCCCACGGCCGAACAUCGGACUCCCUGCGGCGCGGCGAGGCUCCGAGGCCCGGUGGAAGGUUUACGCAGCGCGGAGCCACCACUCCGUCCGCGGUGGAGAGAUUGGGCAAUCGGUCGAUUCUCCGUUGAAUCGUCAGUAGGGUGAAGCGAGGAGCCGCCAUGGCAGUCGGAUCCCUGAGCCUCCACAUCGGGAUAUGAAGAGGAUCUAGGCCCACAGGACCCCCGACCACCACCUCAUUUAUUUCCGCAGAGGAACCGCGUCGGGUCGCCGAGCUCUGCGACGCUUCGGCCGCCAUCUAGAACCACAUUGCAGGCGGUUCGCUCCGGGGGACCCAGCAGGGAGAGGCCAGAUCAGGACUAUUUCAGUCGAAGACGUGUAGCGGCCCGUGGAGGACGUCGAGGAGCAGAAAGGAGGAGAUGCUGUGAUUGUCAGUUUAUAGACCGAACCUCCACCGGAUAACGGAGCUUUCCUUCUUUUUGCCCUUUUUGAAUUGUGUGUAAUUCAAGAACUGUGAUCCCUUUGGAUGAGAAGGAUCUGUCCGUCCGCCCACCCUGCCAUCUAGACAGCCACGGUCCGCACCGAGAUACCCCGAGGAUCGGAUCAUGUCCGGCCGGCCCAGGACCACCUCCUUCGCGGAGAGCUGCAAGCCCGUGCCGCAGCCCUCGGCGUUCGGCAGCAUGAAAGUCAGCAGAGAUAAGGACGGCGGUAAGGUGACCACGGUGGUGGCCACCCCGGGCCAGGGCCCCGACCGCUCCCAGGAGGUGAGCUACACGGACACCAAGGUGAUCGGCAACGGCUCCUUCGGCGUGGUCUACCAGGCCAAGCUCUGCGACUCAGAGGAGAUGGUGGCCAUCAAGAAGGUCCUGCAGGACAAGAGGUUCAAGAACCGCGAGCUCCAGAUCAUGAAGAAGCUGGACCACUGUAACAUCGUCAGGCUUCGCUACUUCUUCUACUCCAGCGGGGACAAGAAGGACGAGGUGUACCUGAACCUGGUCCUGGACUACGUCCCGGAGACGGUCUACAGGGUGGCUCGUCACUACAGCCGGGCCAAGCAGACCCUGCCCAUGGUCUACGUCAAGCUGUACAUGUACCAGCUCUUCCGCAGCCUGGCCUACAUCCACUCCUUCGGGAUCUGUCACCGUGACAUCAAGCCCCAGAACCUGCUGCUGGACCCCGAAACGGCCGUGCUGAAGCUCUGUGACUUCGGCAGUGCUAAGCAGCUGGUCCGUGGAGAGCCCAACGUUUCCUACAUCUGCUCCCGCUACUACCGCGCCCCUGAGCUCAUCUUUGGCGCCACGGACUACACCUCCAGCAUAGAUGUGUGGUCAGCUGGCUGCGUGCUGGCAGAGCUGUUGCUAGGGCAACCCAUCUUCCCCGGCGACAGCGGAGUGGACCAACUGGUGGAGAUCAUCAAGGUCCUGGGGACCCCCACACGCGAGCAGAUCCGGGAGAUGAACCCCAACUACACAGAGUUCAAGUUCCCCCAGAUCAAGGCCCACCCCUGGACUAAGGUGAGUCAACAGGUGUUCCGGCCGCGCACGCCCCCCGAGGCCAUCGCGCUGUGCUCGCGGCUGCUGGAGUACACGCCCACGGCCCGCCUCACCCCCCUGGAGGCCUGCGCCCACUCCUUCUUCGACGAGCUGCGGGACCCCAACGUCAAGCUGCCCAACGGCCGCGAGAAGCCCCACCUCUUCAACUUCACCACCCAGGAGCUGUCCAGUAACCCCUCCCUGGCCUCCAUCCUCAUCCCGGCUCACGCACGCAGCCAGCCCUCCGCCUCCACCCCGUCUAACGCCUCCGCCAACACGGAUGGCAGCACGGAGCGCGGCCCCAGCAGCACCACCCCCUCCGCCUCCGCCUCCAACGCCACUUCCUGAACUCCGCCCACGCUCCACCUCCGCGCCCCUCCCCCUCCCUCGACCCCCACCCCUCCAGCCCAGCCUCUGACCCGGACCCCCCCCCCCAACAUACAGACACACACACACACACACACACACACACGCACCCCUCCGUCUGCAACGUGAUAGGUGGAGGAGGAGGGGUGAGGAGCCAUUUUGUUUCGCCCUGACCCCGCCCCUCCUCUCCUCUCCGCCUCCCCGGCAGGAAGUGCAGAUCCACCAGACACGCCCCCCGCGGAGCAGGACGCGCUCGGGGUCCCACAGCUGACCCCCAACGCCAAGAGCCCUGACGAAACAAACGCACCCAUGUCAGCCUCUCCCUGCCCCCCCCCUACUGUCUGAAGUCCCCCCCCCCCCCCCCCCCC